CUCAUCCUCUCCCGCUCCUCCUCGCCGCCUCGGGCUGGGCUCCGUCGCUCCUCUGCUCCCCGCAGCCUCCCCGGACGCGCAGCCAUGGCGGACAUCAAGACGGGCAUCUUCGCCAAGAACGUCCAGAAGCGGCUCAACCGCGCGCAGGAAAAGGUCCUUCAGAAGCUUGGGAAAGCUGAUGAGACAAAAGAUGAACAGUUUGAAGAAUAUGUCCAGAACUUCAAGAGACAAGAAGCAGAAGGUACCAGACUUCAGCGAGAACUUCGAGGGUAUUUAGCAGCCAUCAAAGGCAUGCAGGAGGCUUCAAUGAAGCUCACAGAGUCACUUCAUGAAGUUUACGAGCCUGAUUGGUAUGGGCGGGAAGAUGUGAAAAUGGUUGGCGAGAAAUGUGAUAUACUAUGGGAAGACUUCCAUCAGAAACUAGUGGAUGGAUCCUUGCUGACACUGGACACCUACCUGGGCCAAUUUCCAGACAUAAAGAAUCGCAUUGCAAAGCGCAGCAGGAAGCUGGUGGACUAUGACAGUGCCCGGCAUCAUCUGGAAGCUUUGCAGAGCUCCAAGAGGAAGGACGAGAGUCGGAUCUCUAAGGCAGAAGAGGAAUUUCAGAAAGCACAGAAGGUGUUUGAAGAGUUUAAUGUCGACUUACAAGAAGAAUUGCCAUCCUUAUGGUCCAGACGCGUUGGAUUUUAUGUCAAUACUUUCAAAAAUGUCUCUAGCCUUGAGGCCAAGUUUCAUAAGGAAAUUGCAGUGCUUUGCCACAAACUGUUUGAAGUGAUGACAAAAUUGGGUGACCAGCAUGCAGACAAGGCCUUCACCAUUCAAGGAGCUCCCAGUGAUUCAGGUCCUCUUCGCCUUGCAAAGACACCGUCACCACCUGAGGAAGCAUCACCCCUCCCAAGCCCGACAUCUAGUCCCAACCACACCUUGGCACCUGCCUCUCCUGCACCAGUAAGACCUAGGUCACCUUCACAGACAAGAAAAGGACCUCCCGUCCCACCUCUGCCUAAAGUCACCCCAACAAAGGAACUGAAGCAAGAGAACAUUAUCAACUUCUUUGAGGACAACUUUGUUCCAGAAAUUAGCGUGACUACACCUUCCCAGAAUGAAGUCACUGAAGCAAAGAAAGAGGAGACUUUGUUGGAUUUGGACUUUGAUCCUUUCAAACCUGAGGUAGCACCUGUUGGUUCUGCGGCAGCAACUCACUCACCCAUGUCUCAGACAUUACCCUGGGAUCUCUGGACAACUAGCACUGAUUUGGUACAACCGAAUGACUCUUCAAAAAGUCUUUCCCUGUGCAACCUCAUCAUGGAGCAAACACCACAGAGUGGGUUGGCUGAAGAAAUUCAAAGAUCUCAAACAGAACUAGAUGCAUUUGUUUGGGGUCCUGAUACUAGUAUAGGCAGAGUCAGCCAGGCAAUUAUCCAAGGUGGGUCCCGGGAAGAUUCUGCAUGCCUCCCUGAAGCAGAGCAAGACAAUGAAUUUCCAACCAGACAUCUUCCUUGUACUGACUUGCACACCAUAACUAAGCAGGGUGAGCCUGUCCUGGGGGCAACCUCUCCCUUCGGGAAUGAACGCUCUGCAAAGUCUGUGCCUGAGACUGAAUGCGUGGGUGCUGCUUGCCUAGUCAUGGAGCAGCCGGAUGACGUGCCUGACACAGAGAUGCCAGCCGUGGAAACUGGUAGCCUGGUAAAAGAAAGUCAACAAGAUGCUAAAAAGUCAGAAGAGGAGAAGAAACAGAAGACCGAAGAGUCUAUGUGGGCAGGUGUGGAGACGUGUCAAAAGGCAUCCGGUGGAUCAUUUAAUGGAUUCACACAGCCACAGGACACUUCAUUAUUCACCAUGCAGACAGACCAGAUCUCUAAUCUGUCAAAGGCUGAGUCAGAGCAGGUGCUGGCUACAGAGCCGGAAGUGGAGGAGCCCACCGCUGCUGCAGCAGCACCUGCUGCUGGACUGGACUCUGGAUUGGACAGCCAGGCUGAGGAGCCAGGGGAGGAGGCAGUGGUCCUACCUGGAUCAGAUGCUGAUGUGACUCCUGAAACCACAGUCUCUGCAGCUGAGGGGGCCCCAGAGCUUGAAGCAGAACCAGAGAAGACAGCUGCUCCUGCUGGGGAAGGAGCCAGUUUAGAGGAAGCCAAAACUGACACUGAAAUGGCAGAAGCCGCGCUCGAUGAAAGACCUCAACCUGAAGAAACAGAAGCAGGAGGCCUUGCUCAGGAGAAGGUUAUACCUUCUGUCAUCAUAGAACCUGCCUCCAACAAUGAAGGGGAAGGAGAACAUGAAACAGCUUUAGGUGCCGAGUCCAGGGAGCCCACCGAUGACGCAGGGCUCCCAGGUCCCACCGGCGAGAGCCCAGAGCAGGCUGAGGACCAGAAGGCCAGUGAGGACUCCCAGCUGGCUCCCUGUGCUCCGCCUGCAGGAGAGGCCCCUCAGGACAUGCCUCCAGGCUUUCUCUACAAGGUAGAAACACUGCAUGAUUUUGAGGCUGCAAAUUCUGAUGAACUUAACUUACAGAGAGGGGAUGUGGUCUUGGUCGUCCCCUCGGAUUCAGAAGCUGACCAGGAUGCAGGCUGGCUGGUAGGAGUGAAGGAGUCAGACUGGCUUCAGUACAGAGACCUCACUACCUACAAAGGUCUCUUUCCAGAGAACUUCACCCGCCGCUUAGAUUAGACCCAAAAGUAUUACAGAAAGAGAUUUCUAAGCCUGAAGAGUUCACUUUAACUAUUACCCUCUGAAUGAUUUACAGACUGGUGGCAGACAAAGCUGACAAAGACAUGGGAAUGGAGCAUGUAUUAAAAAAGGGGAAAAAAGUAAAUAGAGGAAAAAGGUCCUCAGUGGUUCUCACAUUUUUGAUAACAGGUUUGUUUGUGCUUUGUCAGAGCUGUGAAGAUUCUUGUACUUGACCCCCACGUCUAAAGUAGCUUUCUCCAAACCAGAACCUUAAUUCCUCUGCACCAAGUGUAUGGUAUUGAGUGGCCGUCCUGCAGAAGAUACGAUAAAUUGUUCAGUAGUAUGAGACAAAUCUCUCCCCUACACAGGUGUGAGCACGUGCUCUCACUUCCUUCUCAAGUUUACUGUGUUCAAAACGAAACUGCUGCAAAAAAUUUCCAUGUUGUUUUUCAACACCUCUCUCUUCUCUCACUCUCUCAUAUAUCUAUCUAUAUAGUGACACAAGGUCAUAGACACUAGUUCCCAUCACUCCUGCAUCUAUGUGUAUGCACCAAACCACAUACACAUAGUCGCUUUCUUUGCUUCCCACUGUAGCUCUUUGCCUCUCAAGUGUCACUGGUACAUGCAUCGCUCCUAUGCUGUCUGGCAUUACAGUCGCACUUUUGCCUCAGAGCAAAACCAAGCAUCCCAUUGCCAAAACAGUCGACAGUAUCUGUGUGCUUUUUUUUUUUUUCUUUCCCCAGGAUGCAAUGACUAAUAGCAUGUGAAAGCUCUUCCCCCUUUGAAGAAAGCAGAGUCUGGUUACCCAGGUAUCUGGCCACUGUGGCUAGAGGCUGGCUGGUUGGGAUGAGCAGCCAAGUCUUUUUACCUUCUGCCUUUCUGAGAUUGGCUAGAUGAUGGGGCAUAUAAAUUCAACCUCCCCUAAAGGACGCUAUUUCAAAAAAAGCUCCUACAUACAGAAACAUAUUUCCACCUAUUUAUACUUAUGCACCUUAUCUUCACAGAUUCUCUUCCAGUACAAUAGACAAUGUAUGCUGUAUUCGCAAACCAUCUGUAACAGUUAUGUUUUCAGUGCUGUGUCAUUCCAAAUAAACCUUUGGUAAUCACCAGCGAUUACCUCAACUCUU